GAGUUAAAUGAAGCAAACAAGUUGAGGAAGCAAAUGGAAGAGCAACUGGAAGAAUCAGAAAGUAUCAAACAAAAAGUAAUAAAAGAAGCGGAGAAGCGGAAUGAAGAACUGAUCAAUGAGUUAGCGAAAGAACGGCAAACAAUUGAUGAUUUGAAGAAAGAGCUUGGGAAUGAACUUAAAUCAGCCAGUAUCCAAAUAGCAUUCUUGAAAGAAAACAGUGAAAAAGCUUUGAAGGAGAAAGAUGUCCUGCUGGGGGAGAAGAAUGCCGAGCUGGAAAUUUUGAAGCAGCAAUUCAACGAAUUGAACGAAAAUCACAACGAUAUCUUGCACGCCGCUCAUCUUACGGAGAGUCUGAUUGUUUAUAUGGUCGUGAAGACAUUCAUUGUUUAUAUUGAAGGCUCUGGUUGUUUAUACGUCUUUUGUUUCAUCGCUAUUUCUAUUACAGAAUUGUAG